AUGACGGAAGACCGUUCUCUGCCCAGUGGCGGUGGCCAUGCUGUGGUUUUGGUUGACUGCAAACCCAACUGCCUCACCUUCCUGAAUUCGUGGGGCAAGACCUGGGGAAACAACGGCAGCUUCAGCGUCGAGGACCACACUGUCCUGGAGGUGGAUGGGAUACCAAUGCGGUUCUACGACGUAUACUGGUUGCAGUCCGAUCUGGCUCCGGCGGAGCUUCGAGCAUACAAUGCUGAAGUAGACGCGGUGACAGCAUCCGUCAAGCGCAAUGCGUGA